UCAGUGGCCACAGUUCAAUUCAAUUCGCCUCAGUCUAGUUUCAACCUGCGCCGUCAUUGACUCCCGGGAGUCUCGGAUUCAUUGUGUGUUUUUUUAUUCGGUGCUAAAAGGAAUUCCGGCUAAAUUCCUCAAGAAUCGUUCGACGGUAGAACAGAAACCCAGUCAGGCGCAACUAGAAGAAAAUUUAUACAACGAAAACAAAUAAAAAACAACAACCAAGCCCCGAAGUCGGGCGAAGAAAUAGGUGUGUAAUCAAACUCAAUUGAGCAGUGAAAAGUGCAACGGUGUACCUAACCAAUUCAAAGCUAGAGACACAGUCAUGCAUAGGGCAACAAAUUGUCAUUCCAGCUGAAAACCUGAAGAAGACCGGCUGGUUAGAAUUUCGUAUGGCUGUGAGUAGUGAGUCCUCUUCUGAUUUUUCCUCUCCUUAGAAGGAAAAGAAUUGAUGAUAUUUGUCGCCGUGCUACCGCGUGGUGUACCCAGACUAAAGAGUUAGUGUAAAGCUCAUGCCAGUUGUGAGCAUUUAUGAAUGUAAGCCGACUUAAGGUAAAUGUCGAAACGAAACGAAACCAAACCGAAAACGACGACACGACUUCAGGAAGAGAAGAAAAGGUGUGAUUAGCUUUGCACAGCCCGUUGAAAUCAAUUUUCAGUGACGAGGUGUGGUGCUGGCUGCACAGAGCAGUAGUAAGAAGUUGCUGCAAUCAACAUCAUCAGCACAAGUAUAAGUCUAAGCUUUCGAGAAACUAACACAAGCGCCCCCUCAUAAAGUGUACACAAUCUAAUUACUAUCUGGUGCAUAAAGCGUAGCGGCAGUUAAGUGAGGGAAGGGAAUUGUGAAUAAGGCACGUGGAAGAAGAAACCGAUUGUAGUGCACUUCCCCUAAAGUUAGUGGCUGGAAGUGAGUGCGAUGUUACUACUGCAUAUUACCGGUUAAAGUGUGUCUCGUCUCACUACUGCUAGCAAAGUUGUGUUGAAGAGGUGCUGUGACGUACCGAUUGCUUUUGCGAUUUUUUGCGUUGUUAUUUAUUAGAGUGGGAGAAGACAGCAGCGGCUUGUUGGAAGCUGACAUCUUGGAGCAACCUGCAAAACCGGCAACACUGCUCGGUGAAAUGAAAUCCUCAUCGAAGAUCAGCUCAGUUUCGGAUAAGAUCAAAAUAUGGACCUCACGGAAUCAAAUAAUCAAGGCGGCCAACAAUCACAACAGCUCGGAUAAAACCACCAAUGGUGGGGGCACCGGCACUGGCAACGCCGGUGGCCCCGAAGACAGCGGAGACGAUGCCGACCGGAUCAUUCUCCGGCGAGAUAAACAGCAGCACCAAAAGGACACUGCCCUCAAUCAGUGCAUCAACGAGCUGACGUCGAAUCUGAGCCAGCGACGAUGCAUCAGUACUGAUCUCUCCUCCUGUCCUACAACAACAACAACCAAAUCGGGCCCGUUGUCGCCCUCAUCUUCCUCAUCCUCACCCACCGCCACUUUGACCACAACCACAACAACAACAACAUCCGGUGGUCCCAACAUGAACAACAAUAACAGUAGUGCCAACAAUACUAACAAUCAACCAGCAGACGCAGCCGGUGAAGCAGGAAGUGAGCACAGCACUUCCGGCCGCCGCUCCAGACAUUCCAGUCAGAGUGAUACCCUGGUUUCGUCAUCAUCCCCCAGUCACUUCGUUACGGUGAUCGAAGUCAAAGAAUCGGCCGACAGUGGUCAAAACAAACAAGUCCCGGAAGAUUCCAAACGGAAUUCCGUUGCCCCACCAGCACUGCCUCACAAAGCCACCAGUGACAAUAAUAGCAAUAACAAUCAAACGACGGCGAUAACCAGUGCUAGUGCCGUCACUACCCGGAAUAACUACGAAAACGUACUGAUCAAUACCAACCGGGGUAGCUGCGAGAAUCUUAAUGUUAGCAACAACAACCACAGCAGCUUCCAUCAUCAGCAGUCUGCCACCGGCAACAGCUCUUCCUCAGUCGUGGGCGCAGAGCAUAGCACAUUCCUGGAAGGUGGUGCACGGCAUCCGAAACCUUCCGCCCCACCCCUGGUGGGGUCAUCGAUUGCCGAACGAACGUCACAGCUCAUUUCCGGCGGCGGCAGCGGCGCAGGACAGGAACUCAAGAAAAAGAUUCCACCACGACCACCACCCAAGUAUGCGCGCCGAGCGGCCCCGGUCGAGCCUCCCGUCAUUCCGGCCGCGGCCAUUCAAAACCUCCGCAAGGAUCGGGAAUCGUCCGAUGGAACGCCGGAGAGCCCGGGCAGUUCCCUGGAACGGAACAUCAAACCGUCGGAAAUCUACCGGCAGAAGUCUUCCGACUCACUGGACGUCAAGUUCGGAGCCAACCGAUCGUCCAAACUGAUCGGGUCGGCAUCGUCCACCGAGAUGGUGGAAGAGUUUGGCCGGAAGCUGCCCAAAUCGGACAGUUUGAAGUCGAAGUCGAGCACCGACAGCCCGACGGGAUCUUUGGGUAAAAAUGUGAACGCAUCACCGACCGGAAGUUUGGGUAAACUGGCCCACGAAAGUCCUACCGGCAGUCUCGGUAAGAUGAGUAAUCGGGCCAACGACAGUUUGCACUCGGUGGGUUCCAAGGAAUCGCUGGCCUCAACUGGUGGCGGCAUCGGAGCCAUCUCAGAGCGGAUCAAAAGCUACGAAUCAAUUUCGUCACUCAGUUCGGACAGCAUGCGGCUGGGAGGCGGAGGAGGAGGUGGAACGGCACCUGGUGGCGGUGUUGGUGCGGCCGAACAGGAGCACUACUACGAUACGGUUCCGCUGGAAAACGGCGACGGAGAUUAUGUAUAUAUUCAGCCCGGUGGCACCGGUUCAACCUCUAGUCGAGACGAUAUCUCCACGGCAGGUAGCACACUUCCGCUGCCGGUUUCGUCGCACACCCGCAACAGUCACAACAGCAGCCAAACGAGCGUACAGCUAGAGCCAGAAUCUCCGGGACGAAGUUCCAACUACGUUAACAUAGACUACUUUAUACACUCAAUUCACAGCAGCCAGAACCAGGAAAACCGAAGCAGCUCAAUCGAUAGCGACGGCGAAGCGGACGGUGGACCGCCAAUGCUGCUGCGUGCAAUCUCCCAUGAUACGGAUUCCGGUCUACAGGGCCACGGAAUCUACCGAAAGAUUUCGAAUGCAACCCGCAACACAAUCAUCCGCCGCAUCGUGACCAGUAUUAUUACCAGCGAAACGCUCUACGUCGAGUGUCUGAACAAGAUGAAACAAUACAUGAAGGCGAUCGGGGCCACCCUGACCACGUCGCAACCUGUGAUAUCUGAAGAGGACUUUCAGACGAUAUUUUUUAAGAUCGAGGAACUGCACGAAGUGCAUUCGGAGUUUUUAAACGAGCUGAACCAGAAACAGCAGCUUCCGGACGGCGAAGAGCUGUGCGUCGGGGAAGUCUUCCGGCAGCUUGCCUCCCAGAUCAACCUGUACGGAGCCUUUCUGCACAACUACGGUCGGGCGAUCGAUACGGUAAAGAAGUGUAGCACGCACAGUCAACAGUUUAAGGAGAUUGUGUCGAACAUUGUGUUUAAGAACCAGAACGAAUCGUCGCUUUCGUUGGAGGAAUUGCUUCACAAACCGGUUGCAAGAGUUCAGAAGAACGCCCUCGUGUUGGAGGAUUUGCUCAAUCAAACGCCGGAACAUCAUCCGGACUACAACCCACUGCGUCAGGCUUCCAAGAGCAUUCGAAACUUUUUAUCCGAGUUUAACGUGGUACAGACGAAGUCUAUGUUUCCGAGUGACGACAAAGCCUUGAGGAGACUGGUGAAAAACUCGUUUAUCGUUGAGCUGGCCGACGGUCAUCGCAAAUUGCGGCAUCUGUUCCUGUUCAACGAUGUUAUCGCUUGUGCCAAAUACAAGGCGGCUGGUCGAGAUAGGAAUGGGUUCGAGUUCGAGCUCAAGUGGUUCAUUCCUUUGAGGGAUAUCUUCAUCUGUGAGGAGUCCGUAAACGAUCCCAAAGAAACCAGUCCCAUCAACAUCGUGCAGCUCAAAUCUCAGGCUUGCACUGUGCGGGAUCAGAUCAUGCUGGACGAGAAGGAUGAGAAGAAGUCGCGCUCUUCAGGAUCCCGGGCCGGUGACAAACACCGGAAAAAGCUCGCGGAUUUGGAGGCCCAGCUGGUUUUGGCCUCGCCGAAUCUUGUUUUCAAGAUAGGAAACAAGGGAACCGGCAAAACGAUGACCUUUUUCCUCAGCUCGGAAUUCGAGCGUACCCAGUGGAUCGAUUCUAUUCUCACUUUACAGCGUUCGUGCAAUCUGCCGGGACAGGUUCCGGUCCAAAUCUACGAUCUGCAGGCCUGGAUAACUGCCUGCCAGGCGCUGAUCAAAACCGAAAUGGGCUCCUACCUGAUGCGGAACGCCCGGGACGAGAGCCUGCUGGUCGGGGAUCUGCACCUGACCAUCCAGGGACUGAGCGGCUUCGAGCAGCCUUGCGAUCUGUUCAUCUGUGUCGAAAUCGAUUCCUAUGGGCACUACUUCCGCAAGGCCAAAACGAAGCUGGUGUGUCGGAGCGCGUCGCCCAACUGGAACGAAUCCUUCGUGCUGGAGCUGGAGGGUAGCCAAAAUCUGCGAAUACUGCUGUACCAGGACGACGUGCAGAGGCCCAUCCUAAGGGCUAAGCAUAUUUUGAAGCUGAGUCGCCAGUGGCUCCAGGAAGCACCCGUCACCAAAGUAUUGAAACUCUCGGAAACGCUGUCGCUGAACACGGUGGUCCGGUUUGUGCCCGGCGAGGUUACCCUGAGGCGUGUUCCGACGUCGAAACCCGGAGCCCUGUUCGGAGCCAAAUUGCAGCAAGUCAUCAAACGGGAAAAGCGAGACAUUCCAUUCAUCGUGAGUGCCUGCGUUCGGGAGGUAGAGCGGCGCGGAAUGUCCGAGGUCGGUAUCUACCGUGUGUCCGGUUCGGCUUCGGAUGUAGCCAAGCUGAAGAAGUCCUUUGAAACCAAUGCCUACGAGGCGGAACAGCUGCUGAAGGAGGUCGACAUCCAUUCGGUAACCGGGAUCCUGAAGUCGUACCUGCGGGAUCUGCCCGAGGCACUCUUCACCGAUCAGUAUUAUCCCAAGUUUUUCGAAACCUUCAACCGACAUUCGAACCUCAACGAGGCAUUGCGCAUCGAGGCCCUGCAGAAGAUCUUUGCCGAGUUGCCCCAGCCGAAUAAGGCCACCAUUCAUCUGCUGUUGGAUCAUCUCAUGAGGGUACACCAACAGGAGAUCGAGAACAAGAUGUCCUUGCACAACUUGGCAAUGGUAUUCGGUCCGACGUUAUUGCGUCCGGGACCAACCAAUAGCAAGCAGAAGGAUCUACUUGAAUCCAGUACAGCAGACGUGAUGACCCAGGCCGGUAUCCUGUAUAGUUUUUUGCAAGCGCGGUUGAAAUAGAUCGUUCACCACAGCAAGGUAAGGUUUGAGGGAUAUAGGAGUAGGAGUGUUUCCUAGUCUUCUACACUUGAAACUGUUUGAAUGCAAACGACAAAAACUGAGAAGGAGAAAGCUUAGUAACUUAUACUUCAAAAUUUGGCUUCCUUUUUUCGUAGCAGUCAUUUUUAAGUUAUAUGUAACUUUGUUUGGAGGAUCAAAUUUUAUGUAUAAAUAUUGAUAGUUCUUGUAAGAUAUUUCCACAUUUUGCCUCCCUCGCAAUCUGUUGGAAGCUAAUUUUAUUUCUUUGGAAGACAUCGGGCGUUCCAAAGCAAAAUUAUUCUAGAUGAUGUGCAUAGAAAACGUUUAUUUUAUUUAAGACAGUUUUCCUUUUUUCCUCGUCCAAAUUGUUAAUCCUCCGUUAUUUUACCUUAGUUGACAAAACUGUGCGCAAUAAAACAAUAUGUUUAUUUUUGAAAUAAACUAUUGAGUAGACCGUAACAAAAUUUAGUCAUUUAGCCUUCUCGCGUAAAUUAUGUAAUUUUCUGUACAUUGUUUACCCUCCGUGUUUUUUUUCUCUUUGUGUAAAUAUUACUAGAUUGGUUUUUGUUUAUUUUGUGUAUUUACAAAAAGUCACGUAUAUUUGGCGGUUAUUAAACACGGAUGGCCUUCCAGAAAGUGUAUUGAUGCCGUGUGUUAUAUUCGAUCAUAUUCAGAACCUUAUGAUGUAUGGAAAAAGCUCUUGCGUAAAAUAAAGUCAUAAACUUCACUGAAGAAAAACUACACAAUUGCAAAAGUAUCGUUAUAUUCAAUACAGUACGUAUAUUAACCAUAUGUAUUCAUUCAUUAUUGCAGUUUAUUAUGCAGCUAAUAUUGAGUUAAUUAGUAUACAUUCAAACAUUAGUCAGGAUCCAUUUCGAUCGCAUAUUUUAGACUCUGAUAGUGAUGGCAAAACAAUCAAACGCAUGUUGUUGUAAAGCUCAUGAGAAAAAUAAAAAUUUACAUUAAAUAAAACAUAUUAUCCAUACGACAACAACAGCAGCUUAUUACGGACAUACAAUUUUCGAGUAGCAUGAUCAUUGGAUGAUGAGAGUUGAGAACCUGUUUUUGUAUGACCCAAGUAAAAGCACACCCGCGAUACUAUCAAAGUUUUCCUCUCCCAGUGUUGAAAACAAUCUUGAUACAGGAAAAAUAGCAACACGCAUCUUAUGGAUACUAUUAUAUACAAGACAGAAAGACAUUCAUUGAACAAAUCAACAACAACAAUACACAUCUUAAGAUUAGCUAUAAAAACAAAACAGUUCAAACUGUAUUUAUCUUGUAGCAUCUUUUUCCUCUUUCCCUAUUGGAUACA